CCAAAAAUGAAAAAAUACUUCUAGUACGGUUCCUCGUUUUGUACCGUACUGUUGCGAGAUAUUCGAUGUUCCCAUCGAAACAGAACACACAUCACAUCGCAUUGCUUGCAAAACAGCGCACAAGCAAGCCACUUUGCUUCCCACAAUAUUGUUUGCAGCACCGACAUUGCCACAAAAAUCAAACUACAAAACCGCAAACGAAACAAGCCAGACGAAAAAAAUUGAAAAUUGAAAAUGGAGGAUUUCCCGAAGAUCGACCGUGCCAACGACGACGACGACUGCGGCGGCGAUGGCGAGCGGGCCUCGCUGGCCUUGGCCUCCCCUCUGUUCGGCCCGCGAAAGGCCUCUGCGGAAGAGGGCCUCCUAUCUCUCUGGACCGGCCCGGAGAGGUCCCUGUCUCCCGGCUCUUCGCACCCUUGGACGGACCGAACACGGGCCCUCCGCGUCAUGACCCACGCCGGGAGGAUCCUGUGGAAGGCAGCGGGCCUGGGCGGCGCGAAAGGGGUGGCCGGGCCGGUGUCGAUGGUCCUCCUGGCCGGUCUCCUGAAGCGGUCGGUGGGCCGGGGCCUCCUGGGGAUCCAAGGGGCCGCCCGGAACGGAUCCAGGGCUUUGGCCGGAAGCAACCAAACAGAAACCGAAAUAGAAACCGACGACGACGAAAUCGACGAGAUGUACUCGGAAGACACCGGGGAAACCAUCCACAACAACGACAGCAUCGUCGACACCAUCGUCGAAAGCAUCGUCGACGGCGAUGGCAAUGCCCCACCGGAGCCCGUCCGCGGCAAGCGAAGGAAGCCGGCGCUCCUGUCCUUCCUCCUCCCGCGAGCGUCCGUCGACCACGACGAGAACGAGAACGAUGACCACCACCGCGAGGUGGUGGAGGAGUGGGACUUUGGGGGUGCCGACACGGAAGCCGGAGCGUCGAUGGAUUCCCGGCCCCCCAAGCGGACCAGGCGCGAGACGGGCUGGCGGGUGUGGGAGGAGGACCCUUUUUCUUCCCGGCACGGUGUCUUCUCCAGAGAACGACCCAAGACGGUCCGCGAUCGCAAGGACCGUGGCGCGGAAACCCUCCGGCCCCGGAAGCGGGCCAGGGCGGCCGGACACGGAUGGGACCACCAAAACAGCGGCUGCAACGACACCUUCGGCUGCAGCGCGAACGCGAACGCCCACGGCUACGACCAAGGGCAAAGACGGUUCCUCUGGUCUGCCACCGCGUAGGCACCCGAUGCGCAAACCCGACCCAUGGUUCUACCCAUUUUCUACAACGCCACCACCAACACCAACGAUACCAAUGCCAACAACGAUUUUUGCUACCAAAACUCCCGACGGAAACCGAUCAACGACAGAUCGACAACCAAUCCACAGCAGACCAUGCCGAAUGGUUGAUUUUAGGAGGCACGGCACGGAACGAAUCCAUUCCGGUACGAGUACCCAUCCCACGUUUCACCCAACAAGAAACACAAACAAAAGACACAAGCAAACACGAUGUGCGACCCAAUCCAAGAAACCGAUCCGACGAGGGCAACGAUGGUUUUUAAAAUCGGUCGGACCACGGUGCGGACGGAUGGCAUCGGAGCACUUUCCAGAAGACAGAACGAACCCAUCCCGCAAGUAGCUUGCUACAAGGACAAGAAUUGCGGUCCGGCAUCUUAUUUUGCUACAAAGAUCUGAAAAUCUACCCGCUGUUCUUCAUUGCGUCAAACAAUCGACCUUUCGCUCAAGCAAGAACAUUCCAGCAAACUAUAUACUGUAGUUUAGAACCAAAAAUGGCAAUGCAGCAGUACACAAAUAGUACGGCAUGCUUUUUAGAAUUAAGUAUUUUUCCGAUU